AAGAAGAACUCGGUAGCAGUGGCUGCGGUUCCGUGAAAGGACGUCUUUGUUUCGCGCAGAGGAAUGGCUUCUCUUAAUGUUGGGUCGACAUACUCAAAUUAUACAGACUUUAAUAAUGCGGUCACCGCAUUCGAAAAUGAGAAUUUUGUCCAGUUUUACCGCCGCGACGCAAGAACAAUUGAAAAAGUCAAACGAUUAAAUCCAAGGCACCAUUACAAUCCUGAGUUGAAGUAUGUGAACAUACAUCUGACUUGUAUACACGGUGGCAGAAAUUUCUUAUCACAUUCUAAAGGAGUGCGUCCGAAAACGAGUACCUGCAGGGUUGGAUGCCCAGCUUUAAUCAAAGUCAAAACUACAGAGGAUGGAGAGAGAUUAGUUGUAAAGGAAAUGGUCAAAAUACACAACCAUGAAGUCAGUGAGGCUGCAUUCAAGCACUACCCCAAGAGGAGACAACUAUGUCCGGCUGAACGCGCCAAGUGUUCAGAAUUGCUGACAAAGUACGAUGGCAACAAAAGUUUGGUGAUCGAAGAGCUCACCAAAGUAACUGGAAAAGUCAUCCUACCGAAGGACAUUCACAACAUUGCAGCGACAAUGAACUGUCCUCCAAAAUGUGAGCGAAAGAAACAAGAGGUGACCAAAGGGAUUCGAAUGGUGAUGGACACCGACACAAAGCUAAGAGAACAGGCAAGGAAAAGGCGGCCUGGAUCUGCGUUCAAGGAUCCGAGGAGGUCCGAGAAGAAACUGGUGCUUGACGUGGACACGGGGGUGGAUGACGCUCAGGCCAUCAUGAUGGCUCUCGCAGCCCCCAACGUGGAGGUCCUGGGGAUCACCUGUGUAAGCGGCAACACCUCCCUGGAAAACUCCUGCAGGAACACACUGCGCGUCCUCAAGGUCUGCCAGAGACUUGAGAUCCCAGUGUUCAGUGGAGCUGCGGAGCCUCUGGUGGGCCACCCCCUGUCGGCAGGCUCCUUCCACGGGCAGGAUGGGCUGGGGGACGCCCCUGACCCAGAUGCCCCGGGCCUGGAGCUGCUGCAGACAGAAGGGGCUGUGGAAGCCAUCAUCAGGCUGGUCAAUGAGAACCCUGGAGAGGUGUGCCUGGUAGCUAUGGCCCCGUUGACCAACCUGGCCCUUGCAGUGAAGAUUGACCCCACCCUCCCUCAGAAACUCAAAGGUCUCUUCAUCAUGGGAGGCAACACUGACUCGAGGGGGAACACCACAGUGUGUGGAGAGUUCAACUUUGCUGCCGACCCGGAGGCUGCUUACAUCGUCCUGAACCGCUUCUUCUGUCCAACCUACAUCGCUACCUGGGAGUUCUGCUGUGAGAACAAGCUACCAUGGUCGUUCUGUGACAACUGGCUGGCCCAGGACUCAGACAAGGCCCGCUUCAUGAAGAGCAUCUUCAAACACACCACGGACACCGUGGCCACUUGUGCUCGCUACCAACGGGAGAUGACGGCUGGCCCGGGUUUCGUGUCGUGCGACUCGUACGCCAUGGCGGCGGCCAUCGAUGACAGUUUUGUGUGGGUGUCUGAGCCGGUGGCCGUUACCGUGGAGCUUCAGGGGACCUACACCCGGGGCAUGAUGGUCCUGGACAAGCUGGGAGUCCUGGAGAAGGAGCACCAAGUUCUCAUCAUGAGGACGGUGGACCUGGAGAGCUUCAAGGGGAUGUUGAUGGACUCCCUGAAGUAAUAAGCGCUGGGCUGGGAACUACACCUAUACCGCUGUCCCAUAUUGCUUUCAAUUGUUUAUUUUUGGGGAGGGCUCAAAUUCCACUCUUCGUAAUGAGUUUUGUACAGAUAGAUCUUGAUAAGAGGGAGACAGUUUGAGGUGGUGGAUAUGUCUGUAUCACCAUCAAUCAUUUUACAUUAUCAGGAAAUAAAUGUUCUACAAUGUUAAUUUUUUGAUAUUGUCUUACUAUAUUACAGCAAAUGUCAUCAGUUACUUGUUUUAGAUUGCAUUUCUUUCCUGUUAAUGAAAAGGGGGAUGAAGUAAAACCUCUUUAUUGAAAGUGCUCAGGAAUGUACACUCAGAGAAACGCCCCUUAAUCCAAUUGAAAUACAAAUUCAUUACUUCUAUUUCUCUUCAAUAAACAAGAUUUUCAGUA